AUGUCGCAGAAGCAUCAUCACCAUGGCUCCUUUUCUGGAAAUCAUGCAAUUACCUAUACUCUCUAUAUACCGUCACCUGUCGCCGCCACUAAUCUGUUACCUCUCGCAGUUAUUAUUCAUGGCAAAAAACAUAAUGUCCGAGAAAUGCUCGAUGAUUACAAAGAUUUUUCUCGAGAAAAUCAUUGUGCACUCUUCUUACCCUACUUUCCUGACGACUAUCGUUACAAUAUGAUGAUCGAUGAAGGUGAUCCAUCUUUUCGUUCUGAUCUCGUGCUCCUUCAAAUGUUAGAUGAAAUGAAAAGCGCGCACCAGCACGUUGAUACAAGCAAAUUUCUUCUUCAUGGUUUCAGUGCUGGCGGGCAGUUUGUACAUCGAUUUGCCUAUUUACAUGCCAGUAGAAUUUUAGGUCUAUCAAUCGGGGCUCCAGGUGGAAUUACUUUGAUCGAUUUUCAAAGCGAUUGGCAUACAGGCAUUGCAAAUCUUGAAGCAGUUUCCAAUGGAGGUAAUUUUGAUAUGGAAACUAUGAAAGUUUUACCAAUUCAAAUUUGUAUCGGUGAUUCGGAUUUCGAUAGAGACCGUUUGGGAAAAGCGAAACAAUUGAGAGACAACUAUAAACACGUUGGAAUACAGCAUGUGCAAUACGAUUUAGUGAAACACGCAGCACACGAUAGUUCAAAAAUGAGAAAUGUUGUUAGUGAAUUUUUUCGAGAUGUACUAUCAAAUGUUCAUCAAACUGCACAUAAUGAAAUUGCUUCCGGACCGUCAGAAAGAGCACACAGUGUGAUUGCUCUUCGUUCUAACGCCAACGGAAAAUUUGUCUGUGCUGAGAAUGGAGGAAAAGGUUCCUUGAUCGCGAAUCGCGAUUCUGCCUCUGGUUGGGAAACUUUCGAUAUGAUUGAUCUUGGAGGAGGACAUGUUGCAUUAAAAUCACAUGCCAAUGGGCGAUAUGUUUGUGCCGAAAAUGGAGGUAACGGCUCAUUGGUAGCCAGUAGUAAAAAAAUCGAUGCUUGGGAAACUUUUAUAAUAGUUGAUCGCGGCCAUGGCAAGGUGGCUUUCAGAGCAGUCAACAGAAAAUACGUCUGUGCUGACAAUCAUGGCCACAGCGAACUAAAAGCAGAUCGAGAUAAGGCCGACAAAUGGGAGACUUUCGAUGUAGUUCCGAAAUAA